AUGAUGACAUACGCACUUGAUGAUACUGUAAUGAGCGCCGAAGAUCUUCCCAGUAGAAUUCAAGAUAACUCUAGCAUUAGCCCUAGCGCAGACACGAGUGGAAAUGUUGCCGAUGUAGGAGAAGAUUCUGGCGCCGACGCGUCAGGAAGCGCAGAUAUAUCUUCUGGAAAUGUCCAGCUGGAUCUUUUGGCAUCGAAUAUGAACGACAUCGAGGUGCCAGCCUCCAAUCCGGCACUGGAAAUGUACAAAAUGAUCAAGCCAGUAACGAGUUUCCAGUUUACGUCGUUUACGGCAGCGUUUGCCCGACCAUCAUGGCUAGAAGAGUACAAUCCUGUUGAAUGUCAUUCCGUUCCGGCAACGCAGACUAACGAAAACAUUAUGACCGCUCAUUCAUCUUCAGGUGCUGGCACCAGUCAUUCAUCAAUGGGCCCUGUAUGGGCAUCUACAUACGAUAAUGAAUUUGGAAGCAUAUGGAGGAACAGUACGUCUGUGUCUGUGCCUAGACCCAGACCGGCCUCUGUUCCUGCCAUAAUACAACAAAACCACUUUCACCAGAAUCCAAUGAACUAUUUUGGCCUACCUCAAGGGCCUUCGUCUGUCCCGGAGACUAGACUCCAUGAUUCAAUGGUGGAUUCGGCUAAUGAUUCGGCUUCAGAGUCCAUCUCGGGCUCCGUAGCCGAUUCUGUCGCAGGAUCUGUAGCUGGCUCUGUUGUAGGCUCUAUAUCGGGCUCUAUCACUGACUCGAUCAUGGAUCACAGCUCGGUUGACAGGACAGACUCAUUGUCUAGCACAGAAGCAGCCUCUAACAUGGCCUCUCCUUCAAUGUCAAUGCUCGAAUCAGUGCCUCAUCGUAUCAACCAGAACCUAUCGGCAGGCUCAAGCGUCUCUUCUGCAGUUUCAAGCUCACAUCCACUGUUCGAUGCUAGUGUUUCCAUGUCUUCUGUUUCUUCGAGUACUUCCUCUGGUUCCCUCUUAGCUACUGGGAGCCCAAUUACGAAUGUCAAGUAUAGAUGUUCACAGUGCGGCAAGGCCUUUGCCAGGCCAUCGUCUUUGAAUACACACAUUAACAUUCAUACUGGUGAUAAACCUUACAAAUGCUUGUACCAGAAUUGCACCAAGCAAUUCAAUGCAAAAUCAAAUAUGCUGAGACACUACAAAUUACAUUCUAAAAAGCCAAAGGCUAAAGUACAGAACAAGAAUAAAGCAAGAAAACUUUGA